CAAAGUUUGCGCUUGGAGGGUACUGCAGAGAGCCCGGCGCCUUCGGUGUCUAAGCCACCUUCUGUGACUUCUGCUGGCUGCACGCUGCGUGGGAAGGACUCCGUGACACCUUGAAGCCACGAAAUGGAGUCAGUGACCUUUGAGGAUGUGGCUGUGAACUUCACUGUGGAGGAGUGGACUUUGCUUGAUCCACCUCAAAAGAGGCUCUACAGAGAUGUGAUGAAGGAAACUUUUAGGAACAUGGCUGCUAUAGGAAGAGUCUUGGGUAGCCAGGAAGUUGAAGAAGAGUACAAAAAUUAUCAGAGAAAUCUAAGUAUAUAG